AUAGCGGAUAAUUGUUUUUAUUUUUUCUCUCUCUCUCUCUCUGUUUCUCUCUCUCUUACCGCAUUCAACAGUGUUUUCAAAGCAAGAGAGGAGGGGAGAGAGAAAAAAAGAGGGGCGAAAGUCAGCGCCAGGACUGGAACAGAGGAGGUUUUGGCGCACAGACGGAGACAUCAUCCGACCAAAUAACAAGGGGAAAGAAGAGGAGGGGGGUUAAUUUAACGCACUGAAGUGAGGUAUCACGAUCCUAAUGUGAAAUCUCGCCAGUGUUUUUUUUUCUUUUUUGACGAUGCCGACUUGGACUCUUUCACCACGGAGCUCUAAAAGAACGCGUUUUGGUGGCAUCCUUUUUGCGCAUUUGGAGGGAAAAAACCUAUAGACUGAUUUGUUUUUGUUUUUGUUUUGACUGGAGAGAAAGAAAAAGACAAAAAAAAAAAAACAACUCGCCCCUAUAUGCCUGUAUGUGGAUUGAUCCCCCCCUCCACCACCGCCACCACCACCUCCUCCUGCUCCUCUCUUCUCAGCAUUCCCUCAGUCAGUAGACGGAUUUUUGCCAUUACAGCUCAGUAGAGGGUGUCAGAUCUUUCUUAGAGCAACCGCGCUAGGAUGAACACGGUCUCCGCGUUCCUCUUUUUGUGAUUCCCGAAUUGCCACACGCACACUCGCGCACGGAGGAGAAAAAAAAACAAAAAAGAGAGGGGGAAAUCGGCGCAAACGAUCGAGGCGAGACGCCCGGAGGAUGUGAAAGAGAGCGGGGGGGUUAAAAAAAAAGAAAAGAGAGAGAUGCUGUGCAGCGGUGGGAUCGCCUGUACAGCUCCAGCGCAGGGUGUGAAUUCAGCACCGGGGGAGAGGGGACAGCUCCCGACGCCGCAGCACGCUGCACGACUGGGGCAGAAAAAGCCACGGAUUUGUUAAUUUUAUUUCCCCUACCCCUCUCCUCCUCUUUCUUCUUCUUGCCAAGGUCAGUGCUAAACGAACUGAAAAAAAGCCAGUGAAAAAAGAGAAAGAAGACGAGAAGAUGCGCAGGACUCUACUGCCGCUCGCUGUUUUUGAUUUUUAUCAUAAACACGCGGAAGCUGUGCGGAUUCAGUCGAUUUGAAAGAGACGUUUGUGGGUUUUUUGGGACUCCUGGACGCAAGAGCAGGUUAGAUGCAGCAUGGAUGUGUUAUAAAAGACUGCCUUAUCUUCUCCCUAAAUGUCUCCCCCCCUUUUUUUGUUUUUUUCUUUUCUUUUUUUUUUCUUCUUCUUCCCCUCUCCUGACUGAUGCAGACUGAAUUCACAGCUCGUAUGUCUUGAAACCCGGGAAUGAAUCGUCCACGUUAAAAAAAUGCUGCUUUGGAUUGUUCUGCUGAAUGCGGCUCUUUGUGUUGCUAGUGGAAAUGUUACAAGGGACGUUUGUAAGGAGCAGAUAUGCUCUUGCAACGAGGUAGAGGGAGAUCUGCACAUAGACUGCGAAAAAAGGAGCUUCACCACUCUGCAGCAUUUGACUGGCCCCAGCUCGCAGUUCUACCACUUGCUCCUGCACGGAAAUUCGCUAUCCAGGCUAUUUCCCAACGAGUUCGCCAACUUUUACAAUGCAGUGAGCUUGCAUUUGGAAAACAAUGGCUUGCACGACAUUGUCCCCGGCGCCUUUCUGGGCUUGCAGCUGGUGAAAAGGCUGCACAUCAAUAACAAUAAGAUCCGAUCAUUCAGGAAGAGUACAUUUCUGGGGUUAGACGACUUGGAAUAUCUACAAGCUGAUUUCAAUCUACUGCGGGAUAUUGACCCCGCCGUUUUCAGGGACCUAAAUAAACUUGAAGUGUUAAUACUUAACGACAACCUCAUCAGCGCGCUACCUAUAAACGUGUUUCAACAUGUGCCCAUUACGCAUCUCGACCUGCGGGGAAACCGAAUCAAAACGUUGCCUUAUGAAGGGAUCCUUGAGCAAAUACCGGGCAUUGCGGAGGUUUUGUUGGAGGACAACCCGUGGGACUGUAACUGCGACCUGGUUUCUCUGAAGGAAUGGCUGGAGAACAUACCGCAUAACGCGCUCAUUGGGAGGGUGAUAUGCGAGGCUCCCACCAGGCUGCAGGGGAGCGACCUGAACGAGACGUCAGAAGCGGAUCUGUGCCCUUCACAGAACGGCGGCGUGGACACCAGCCUGGUCGCCCCUCCCACCCAGGAGGAGACCUCGGAGCUCCACGGCCCGCGUCCCACGCCUUACAAGCCCCGCGGAGACGCCGGCGGGCCCCCGACGCCCGGCGGCCACAAGAGCCACUCCAAAUCUCGUGAGAACUGGCAGCUGAAAACCAAGCCCACUCCGGUGGUGACAGGUGUGAACGGGGACAGGGAGCAGCUGCACAACGUGACGUGCCCCCAGCCGUGCAACUGCAAGCUGGUCGGCUCCAGACAGGGGCUGGGGGUCAACUGCGAGGGCAAAAAGAUCGAGAGCCUGUCUAACCUCAAACCCAAGCCACUGGCGGCGCACGAACUGAACAUGCGAGACAACAACAUCCACGCAGUGAAAAAGAACCAGCUGCUCGGCUACUCCAGCCUCAACCUGCUCGAUCUGGGCGGGAACAACAUCAAGGUGAUUGACAACAGCACGUUCCAAAACCAGAGCGAGCUCAGGUGGCUGUACAUGGAUAAGAACUACCUGGAUACGCUGAUAGCAGAGAUGUUCGUGGGCCUUGUGAAUCUGGAAUAUCUCAGUUUGGAAUACAACGACAUUCAGCUGAUAGUGGCAGGUGCGUUCAGCCCCAUGCCCAACCUGAGGGUUCUGUUCCUCAACAACAACCUACUGAAAUCUUUACCCGUGGAUGCUUUCCUUGGGAUUUCUUUAUCCAAAAUCAGCCUGCAUAACAAUUAUUUCCCCUAUCUCCCCGUGGCUGGCGUCUUAGACCAGCUCAACUCAAUCAUACAGAUCGAUUUGCACGGGAACCCGUGGGAUUGCUCGUGCAACAUCGUGCCCUUCAAGCAGUGGACGGAGAAACUCGGGGCCGACGUGAUCGUGAGCGAUCUCAAGUGCGAGUCCCCGGAAGAGUUCUGGAAACGCGACUUCCGAUAUGUGCGGAACGACCUCAUGUGCCCCAGACUGUACGACAGAGUCCCCCCCACGCCUCUCUCCAAAAACAGCACUUUCACCGUGGACUCGGGGACGCGCUCGAACUCCUACUUGGAGCCGAACCGGGUCUCCAUCUCGGUGCUCGUCCCCGGGCUGCUGCUGGUGUUUGUCACGUCCGCGUUCACCGUGGUAGGAAUGCUUGUGUUUAUUUUGCGGAAUCGCAAGAGGUCAAAGCGGAGGGAUGGGAACUCCUCCGCCUCGGAGAUCAAUUCCUUGCAGACAGUGUGUGACUCGUCUUAUUGGCACAGCGGGCCUUAUCACGCAGAUGGGGGCGCGCACCGGGGCUUCGACUGCAGCACGCACCUCUCCACGACAAACGAUGCGUAAAAACGAACCAGGGGGGAGACUCUGCUCUGUAGUUUAGUACAAUAAAGCCUCUACCAGACUGGAUUACAAACAGUCACACAAAGACAGACUUGACGCACACAUGACAACAGAAAAAAACUGCAAGAAUCUUUGGUUCGAACUUGCUUAUGUCUUGUUUUGAACCAAGUCUGCUGCUGCACAGGCCCCACUCUGUAAUAUAUGUAUAUGCCAAACCCCCCUGGCGAAAACCCCUCCUUCCCCCUCCUCCCUCCCUCCCUCCCUCCCUUCCUCCCGAUUUGCCGCAAUCGGACUACGGAUCUGUAUGAGACAGAAAAGAGGGAGAGGAGGGGGAAAAAGGAGAGGAUGGAGAGGGGGAGAGGAGAGGAGAGGGCGUGUGUGUGUGAGAGAGAGAGCGAGAUAGAGAAAAAGCGAGGACCCCGGAGGAAUGGUGCACGAACGCAUGAAUGUAAAUGUAAAUACUCGGACCGAUGUAUCAUAAUCUGCAUGAUGAUAUUUCGCAUGGUUUCAACACACACACGACGGCGAGGAACCAUAACCACCAUAACCAACAAAGAAGCAAACUCGACCCUUUUCAUGUUAUAUCAAUAUGACGACUAUAUAUAGAUAUUAAGAAUUAUAUAUGACUAUUACAAAAGUGCCAUUUCUCUAUUUUUUGUGAACCUGCAGUUAGGAUUUGUAUUUGUUGUUUUCAAACUUGUUUGGAGAAAAGAGACACACAACACACGAGAAGAAAAAAUAAUCAAUAAUGAUGACUAUCGGAGAGGAAGUGAUGGAAGUGAAGCUGUCAGUGCAUGUUCUUUUUUCUGUUUGUUAUCAUUUGAUUGUCGAUAAAUAUUGGGGUUAUUUAUACCGUAUUAGAUGGUGCAGAUUAAAUCCACUCUGCGCAAGUCAUCAUCUCCUUUAUGAAUGUAAAACUGUGUUAUUUUAUGGUGUGCCAAUUGUUGACUUUCAGAUAUUCAGACAUGCAGAUGAGCAUGACCAAUUAACGUCACUCAGAUGCUUAUGCUGCAAAGUUAAUGUAGCUAAAAUAACAGUUCCGUGGUUUUUUGUGUGUCAAUGAAUAUAGCCUGCUUUGGGUGAGAGGAAGACUAAAAAAAAAAGAAAAAAGAAUAAAAAAAACAAGCCAUUUAAAUGGGGGGUUUAUACCAUCAUAUUUUUUCAACAAACUGAGCAAAGAAGUGUUUUCAAUUGAGCUAUGUAUAAUUCGAUCUAUGUAAAACAGGUAGACAUGAUCUAGAGUAGAAUGCUUUUUUUAAAUGUCAGAAAAAAGAAGUAUUCCUCCACGUUAAAAAGCUUAUGGCUAUGAUUCACUUUCAUCAUAUUGUGAGCUUUUGUAAAGCCAUCUAAUCUUGUCCAAAUAAGACAACUGAAACUCACUGUAUGUACUACAAAAUGUGCUUGAAAUAGGCUGUGUUGGGGGGAGGGGGGGUGAGUCUUGCUUUUUCUUUUUUCCUGAACAAACCAGGCCACAUUAUGGCAGCAUGUGGCUGGUUCAUAGUGCAACAGGAGGUAACAGAGAGAUAAAGGGCACAGUGUCUACAUACAAUUAGAUAAUGCAAGAUGCCUUUUUUUUGUUUUCCUUUUCAAAUCAGCAUUUUGAAUUUGAGAUGCUCCUCUUGAGGGGAAGUCGGGGGGGUCGCAUGGUUUUUGUGGGCUCAUGAAAACAAUGCCAUGACUGAAUAGCUGUUUUGCAGGAGGAUGAAUAGGAUGGCGGGGGGUCUGCUGCUUUAGCCUAUAACCGCUUUAACUGGAUUUAGGAGAGAAAAAUGCAUUAAAAGCUACUUGAUUCCAGUAUUCCAGAAUUGAUCAAACUCUGCAGUGUCUGAAACAAAUGUGAGGAAUGUGCAAUUUCUUUCCUUGUUUUGUUUUUUUAAUUAUUAUUUUCAUGUUUAAUUAUGAUGUAAAAUUCCAGUGCAAUUGAUUUUCUUUACAAAAAUCCCCCUACUCCAAGAUGCCUGAUUUAGAUUCUGCAUAAUUUGG